ACAAAAACGGUGAGCUCCCAAUUUCCCACUUGUCAAAUAAAGAGAGCAUCAAGUUUUUUUCUAGUUUGAAGUAUUCACAUUGGUCAUCUUUUUUGACCUCUUCCCCUAUAUAAGGACUCAAUGAAAUACUGACCUGCAUAAUAACACAUAUUCUCUUAUUUGUAAAGUCAAAAAGAGAAUGGCUGCCCUCUCUCUAGAUCCGAGACUGAGUCUCAAUGCAAGAAAACACCACCAUCACGGUGCUUUAGUGGAAGAAAUAGAAGGGCUCAUCAGGGUAUAUAAAGAUGGGCAUGUUGAAAGGCUACCUAUCAUCCCAAAUGUCCCUUGCAGCAUUCCUUCUGAGCUAAGGGUGACUUCAAGGGAUAUUGUCUUGGACAGAUCAACUAAUCUGUGGGCACGUGUCUAUGUUCCGCAAGGACAAAGGAACCUGCCUCUACUUGUCUACUUCCACGGAGGAGGUUUCUGUGUAGGUUCAGCAGCGUGGAACUGUUACCAUGACUUCAUAUCCAACCUAGCAUCUAAAGCAGGUUGUGUAGUCAUGUCGGUAAACUACCGUCUAGCCCCUGAAAACCGUCUUCCUGCUGCCUAUGAGGAUGGUUACAACACCGUCAUGUGGGUGAAGGAGCAAGCUACCAAUGGCUCAAGAGAGCAUUCUUGGUGGCUAAGCUGCUGCAAUUUCUUAGGUUUCUUCCUAGCAGGUGACAGCGCAGGAGCUAACAUAGCUCAUAAUGUCGUUCUAAGAUUUGGGGACAGCAGAUCAGCAAGGUCAACCCUUCUAAGGCCACUCUCUCACCGAGGCACUAUCCUAAUCCAACCUUUCUUUGGAGGUGAGGCACGGACUGCAUCUGAAAAGGCCCCUCAACCAUAUGGAUCAGCACUUACUUUAUCAGCAGCUGAUACCUAUUGGCGGUUAUCCCUCCCUAUGGGCUCUACCCGGGAGCAUCCAUGGUGCAACCCUCUAGCCAAAGGUGCAGCUAAAUUGAAUAGUAUAGAACUUCCAGCUACAAUGGUGUUUGUGUCAGACAUGGAUAUCUUGAUGGAUAGGAACAAGGAGUUCUGCUCUACCAUGGCUAAUGCAGAUAAGAAGGUAAAAAUGAUGGUCUACAAGGGUGUGGGUCACGCAUUUCAGAUCCUACAUAGCUCGUCACUCUCCAAAGCUCGCACACAAGAAAUGAUUGGCCACUUAAAAGCUUUCAUUCACAGCUGAACAGAAUAAUCCCUGAGAAUCUGUGAUCAUUACUUUUUCUAAGUUCAUUCCUGCUUCAAUUUAGGUCUUAUAGUAGUAUCUGUUAUUUACCUAUUACAUGAAAAUGCCAAACUUUGUACAGAAUAUGUAUUGUGGAGUGAUAUGAUUACUGAAAUCUAGCAUAAUUUGCUGGAUAUUCCCAUUGUUCAUUAUAUUUACUUCAUUCAUUUAGAUCCUAAUAUCAAAGUUUGAAUCUUGGUGACAUCAACUUAAGAAUUCUUAGCACAAAUAAUUGGAGAAUCAUAUUAAAUCCAUUAUUUUCCGCAAUAGUUACUUAUGUUACAACGCCUACCCUAAGCAAGAGGGAAAUAUAUAACAGGUGAAAAGCAAAAACAAGGGAUCACACAAACCCCUAUUACUAUCCCAUCUCACCCUCCGAAAUUAAUUAAUCUUACACUCAUGAACAAUAAAAACAGCUAAUUGAAACCUCUAAUAGCAGCUCACAAAACAAAGUGCUAGUUGCUAAUACAAAACAUAAGCAAAUUCAUCCAAUUAACAAAAAUCCUGGCAAUUAAAAAAUGUAAACACACAUGCAAACAAUAAUAAUAAAUCACAAAAUUAACACAAAAUAACAAUAAAAUUUCUAGU